CAUUCCUCUCCUUCUCCUAAUCACAAAAUCCGCUGACUGACUACUUUUGCCUGUUGCUGUGCAUCUAAUUCGUCUCUGGGUCUAGGGACUGCUGACUUACCUACUCUAGCCCAGACUGACUCUACACUUCUUGAGAUUCUCUUUCCCCUCACCGACCGACCAGUACGUUCGUUGUGCUUAUCUCCAUCCAGCCCGCAAUCCCCGGUUUCCCCUCCCCCCCACAUUCGCCCUCAGGCAACCAUCAAUUUCAAACUCCCCUAUCACGCCAGUCCAGCAGAGUUUCGAUCAAGCUUUUACCAGGCGCGGACGGUCUCUCCGUCGUGAUUGCCCCGUCUCCUACUUCCAAUGGAUCACGAAACUACUGAGCUGAUCCAACGGGAUGUCGCUCCCAGCGAUCGACCUCCGUUGUCACAACCUUGGCCCUUUCGUUCUGCGUCAACGCCAGUGUAUGGCAGCCCGCAGAGACACCACCGUCGGAAUCCCAUUGUCCGACGGCCUGUCAAGGAAACGCUCGAUGCGCGCUCAGAGUACACGACCAGCCAAGAUGAUGGAACCGCCGAACACCGAAUCAAUCAAUACGUGAUCAAGCAGGAGAUUGGUAGGGGCUCUUUUGGGGCGGUGCACCUUGCGGUUGAUCAGUUCGGAAAUGAAUAUGUAAUUGGACAGGCCGUGAAAGAAUUCUCAAAGGCUCGUCUGAGAAGACGGGCCCAGUCUCAUCUGUUGCGAAGACCGCGAGGUCCAAAGCGCCUCUCGGAUGGCUUCAACUCCCCGUUGCAUCGCCACUCUGCAGGUGUGGAUGAUCAUAAAGAGAAUGCACUCUACCUAAUCAAGGAGGAAAUUGCAAUCAUGAAAAAAUUGAACCAUAACAACCUCGUCUCAUUGAUAGAGGUUUUGGAUGAUCCUACAGAGGAUUCCCUAUAUAUGGUUAUGGAGAUGUGCAAGAAAGGCGUGGUCAUGAAGGUUAGCCUCGAAGAAAGAGCCGAUCCGUAUGAAGAUGCUCUCUGUCGCUGCUGGUUCCGUGAUUUGAUCCUGGGAAUUGAGUAUCUCCAUGCUCAGGGCAUCGUACAUCGAGACAUCAAACCAGACAAUUGCCUAGUGACAAACGACGACGUCAUCAAGAUCGUCGAUUUCGGCGUGUCCGAAAUGUUUGAAAAGGAUUCGAACAUGUACACGGCUAAGUCCGCUGGUUCUCCUGCCUUCCUUCCUCCAGAACUAUGCGUCGUCAAGCACGGUGAUGUGUCAGGGAAAGCGGCAGAUAUUUGGUCUAUGGGCGUCACGCUGUACUGUCUGCGCUACGGAAAACUGCCUUUCGAGAAACAAAGUAUUUUCGAACUCUACGAAGCGAUCAAGAACGAUGCAGUUGUGUGUGAAGGAGAGACCGAUGACAACUUCCGAGAUCUUAUCUCACGAAUUCUAGAGAAGGAUCCAGCGAAACGGAUCCAGAUGCAUGAGUUACGAGAGCAUCCUUGGGUAACACAGGGUGGAUUGGAUCCUCUUCUACCCGAGAGUGAGAACACGGCGGAAAUAGUCGAUCUUCCGACCGAGGAGGAGAUGAACUCAGCUAUUACCAAGACUAUCGGUCACGUCAUGGCUGUGAUUAAAGCCGUGAAGCACUUCAAAAGGCUCAUCGAUCCAGCAAAGGCCGAUCCUCCAAUGCAAAGUAUUCUCGGUCAGGAGUACGAGACGCAUUUCGUGGAGCCGCCAAUGGAGAUGGAACCAGAAGAAAGCUUUUCGACUGGUCACAUGGGCACGAAUAACAAAGCUCAGAGUUUGAACUCAUACAACAAGGCAGCUUGGGAGCAGAGUUAUGCGUUGAAAGGAUAUCAGCGUCGGCCUGAAGAAUUGUCCCAUUGCCAGUCGUCAGAUACCGGCGGUCUAGCCAGUACUCACGUGCCCACGACCAGCAGCUUUGACAGGAUCAAUACAAGAUCUGAGCCAGAGAGAAAGGAAUCGGGGUCUAUACACAGUAUCACUGUUGGAGGAGGAUCUAUCGACGACGUGCAACACACCUCAACGCCCCAAUCGCCGUCGCCUUUGAUCCCGCUAUCCCGAGCAAGCUCAGCAACAACAAAGCGCAGCGCUGAAGGGACACGCGGGCAUGCACGCGAUCCUCUUGACGAAGAAUUCCCGUUCCUUUUCAUCGGGCCAUCGACGUAUACUGGCUCCCCCUCAGACGAAGAGCGAGACGGUGGAGCUGUCGGCUCCAUCUCCGAGGGACCAGGGAACAUGGUAACUGAGGAGCCAGUUGGUAUGGAUACCAACAUGGAAACUGACAUGGACGCCAACACAGCCUAUCCGAUUGUGAGCGAGUCCCCCGGCGCCGCGGAGUUCGAUAUCUACGAGACCGCAUACCGUCACGAGAUUGAGCGGAUCCGGGCACAGAGUCUUCCUCGUCAGGGCAGCGAACCCAAGGUGUAUCUGACCCGUCGCGUGGAAGGGAAAGACGACGUGAUGAAGCUGGUAGGCGAAAAUGCCACCAAAUUGGGGCCAAUGUUUGGUGCGAAGAGAACAUCCGGCUCUGGCUUGGCGUCCGCUGUUAGUGCAAUCAGACUGCAACUGGAACAGCAGGGAAAAUUGAAGUCUGCGACUGUACCAACCUCGGCUACUACAACUGGUGUCACGGCUACAGAAGCACUUCACCCUGGACGCUCUUCGUCUCAUUUACGAGAUAUCCUUGACCGAGUCAGAAAAAGUUCGGAGCCAUGAAAGAAUGGCGAGCAGGGUUUCGUCGGUAGUGCACUGUGGCUAGUAAUAAAGAUAUUUGGAUCGUAUGGCCUUAUACGCGUGGGCCUGAUUUGCAUCUCGUCAACACUUCUGGUCUUGUUGCUUAGGUCUGUGCCCUUUCUUUUUGCACGUUAGCGCUGCAAAAAUCAUGAAUUCAUGAAUCGGGUUCAAUGCUGUACUUAAACAUAACACUAUGCAUAAAUUAGUAUUAUAC